AUGUCUCGUCUCCCACCCCUUGGAGCCCUGCUCCUCCCUCUAACCGCUCUGCUCAUCUCGCCCACUCACGCCACCAGCCCCUACACCAGCAGCAUGAGCGAAACACCCAAAGACAACAACGCAGACUGUGACUGCUACAUGGUUUCCUCCGGAGCCGAAUCCAAAAAACCAUCCUACUUCCAAUACUACCGUUUCUACGACUUCCGCAACCUCCCCGGCGCCCUCGACAACCCACCCCCAGCAAUCAACGAGUCGCAAAACGCCGCACAACUAGCAACCUGGCAGCCUGACCUCUUCAACAGCGCCGCCUGGAACUUUGACUGGGGCAUCCAAAACUGGAGCAAACCCGCAACCUCGGACUUCCCCGUCCCCCUCACAAACUCACCCGCAAACAUCUAUCUCGGCUCCGAACAAUCAACCUCGUACCUAGCCCUGCGCACCACGCGCGCAUCCUCCCACCAAACAGCCGCGGAGAUGGAGAAUCAGCAAAAAAACCUCAUGCACGCUUCUCUGCGCAUGUACGGCCGCGUGCAGGGCGCCUCGGGCGCAGUGGCGGGCUUCUUCACCUUCUUCGACGACACAAACGAGUCGGACAUUGAAAUCCUGACGCAGGACCCCAAGGACAAGAUCCGCUACACCAACCAGCCCGCCGUAGAUCGAUCCGGCAAUGAAAUCGCCGCUGCGUCGCUCGACCCGACGAACCUCCCCCGCUGGGACGACUGGCACACGCACCGCAUCGACUGGCUGCCCAAGCAGAGCUACUGGUUCCUCAAUGGGGAGCAGGUGGCGCAGAAUAGCUACUCGGUGCCACGUAAGCCCAGUUUCCUCGUGCUCAAUAUGUGGAGCGAUGGGGGGGAGUGGAGCGGCAAUAUGAGUGUGGGGGAUAGUGCCGAGUUUCAUGUUCAGUGGAUUGAUAUGGCGUUCAACACUAGUGGGCCGUAUGAGGGCGAGCAGCAGAAGGGCGAUAAGAAGAGGAGUGUGAAGAGGAAGGAAAAGAGUUGCAAGACGGUGUGUAGGAUUGAUGGGGUUAAGCAGGUUGGAACGCCAGAGGUUGCGUAUGUGGGUAGUGCGGUGAUUUCCACUGUGUCGUGGAGUCUAAUGGUCGGAGUCGUGGGUGCUGUGUCUGUUUUCAUUAGCAUGUAA